AUGAAGAGUAAACGAGCGUGGUCACUCAAAGAUGCUGAAGCUGACCCUCAGCCCGAUCCAUCAAGUCUGAAGAAAUGCCCAAAGCGAGUGUCAUCUAAAAAGCUGAGCAGUACAUCUCAAUUUUGCGUAGUGAAGCAUAAGCUAAACUACAGUGUUGUUCCCAAUGAGAGGAUCCAGGACAAGCUGAGGCUAUUCUUAAAGCCUUAUAACAGAGAAUUAAGUUUAAAAUAAAUACAUAAGUCCUACUGAAGAGAGCCAGCAUAGUGAUUAUCACUGUGAUAGCUCUCCUCGAUGGGAAAAUCAGCUCAAGAAAAACAACUGGGAGAUCAAGCAGGGCAAAAACCGAGGCCGAUGGAAAGGACUCUCGGAUUUUGGUAAGCUUCACAUGGAAUUAGGAUGGAGAAGACUUGGAAUUAGGGUACAAAUGUUUGGAAAGUUUAGAAACUUACUUUGGAAUAAAUGAAUAUAUAUAGAAAUCUGAGGGUGCUUAUUAAUAGCUGGUUUAUUAUUUGAUGAAUCAAAAUCUUGUCAAUAAAACUUAAAUUUUUCAAAAAUUAAAUUUUAUCCUGUCCAAUUUAUCUGCUCAUUUUUAUGUUUGAGUU